AAGGCGCGACUAGAACGUAGUGAUUAUAUGCUCUUUGGGCGCGACUUCGAUCCAUAACACGAAAAAUUGAUUGAUUGAUUGAUUUGCAAGCGUGCAAGUGUUGAAGUGACAUUGAUACUUUAGUCAUUAAAACGAAUAAUAACAAAAUUAAACCUCUGAACUAUAAUAACUCAAUGAAUUAAACAUGGACAGCAGAGAUGAUAAAGGGUUCCUCAAGUUCAAGAAGCCGCGUGAUGAACUUAUCGCUGGACGAAUAGACAAUACAGCGCCCGUGAAAAAGAUAGUCGAUGAUCUCGUGUACAGUAACCGACAAGCGUUCGGGUUUGUCCACUCGAACCGGCUCCCUCGUUAUUAUAAUAAGGAGAGAACUCACAAACACUUUUUGCACCCUGGGCACUUGCUUGCGGCUUUCCCGGACGACUGGGAUGGAGACUUAUCCCUCGACUUCUACGAACCGUUCCGAUACAAGUGUAUGCAGCCAAAAAUGAUCGCGACAGUUGGCAAUUGUAAUGACAAAGAUCCUUUAGCUGAAUUUUUGAAACUGAAAGAAGAGUGGUUUAAGGCAUUGGUAUGCCAAAAAGCUUCAGCUUAUCUAUAUAAAAUACCACUUCUUGCACAUUUAAAAGAACACAGUGAUGACAUUAUCUCAUGUCCUAAACACCUGGUGGACAUGGCGAAACAUUGGGAUAAAGACCCGGACCCAUACUUCAACAGUGUAUAUAACUGGUACUAUGCUGGGAAUGGAAACAUGCAGCUUUUGAUCAUUGAUGGCAAGGAGUACUUGAUGUGCAGUGAAAUCAACAUCUGUUAUUUAUUUGAAUUCAAUAGGGAUGAAGUGACAUUCAGCAGAGACGCGGCGGCAGUGUUUGACUGUGGUGAAGGCAACAAUAUCUGUGAAAGCAUUUGCUCGUCCCAAAACAUCAUAGCUUUAAGGACCAAGUAUAAAAUAUUUGUACUCAAGAUCGCCAUAACUGAUGACGAGAUAGAAAUAGAGCAGUUGAAAGUAUCUGAAUCGAAAACAGCAUACACUGGCAUUUCGUUUGAUGAUUGUCAUAAGAAUAUUUUGUAUGUGACAGAUUUGAAUAACACAUUGAAAAUAGUCAAUCUAGACCGGCUGAAAGCAAGAACUGUUGAAUUAAAAAACUCAGUUAAAAGUUUAGUGAACAAUUGGAGCACAGUGAUUAGUAAUGAACGCGAAUAUUAUACACACGUAUCUACGAGAGCUAUAACAUUGUAUGACAAGCGAAUAAAUGGUUCUGUACGUCGAUGGAGCAACCCAGAUAGAGUAGCAGAUGAUGCCAUAUGCAGUCUCUUCAGUGCCGCCAAAUAUUCCCUGAGCGGGCCUUACCUUUACGUCGCCUCAAACCACUACUUAUUAUUAAUGGACAUGCGAUAUCAAAAGAAUUUAGCUCUGAAGCCCCUACAGAGGUGGACGCACGGCAUGCAAUCUUUCCCUUCUUACAUAUCAAUAUGCAAUUUCGAACGUGAUAAGGAACUGAUCUGCUUGUCGAGUCAGUGGUGCGAGGAUACUUGCGUCGUGCCGAACUACUUGCAGAGAGACUGGGCCGAAUCAGAAUUUAAAGGUAUGACGAUACCUUACCGCCUACCUAGUAUAAUUGAGACGUUAAAGGAAGCUAAACAGCAAAUGCUAUGUGGGGAUAUGUAUAAGUCUGUAGAGAAUAGAUUGGUGACGGCGUUGUCAGGGAGCCUUUUGCUGGAAGACGGGGAGAAGUAUAUCGUGCUCUCGCAGAAUAGUCUCGGGGACGUGACGUCACAUGUGCUGUACCCGGACCACAUGGCGGCCCCUUUGGAUGACGCGCCGAAAGCCCUGCACGAGUGGAGCCAGUGCUACGAGGAUGACAAAAAAGACUUCAUAGUAACAUUUUAUAGAGAUAUCAGCCCAAUUUGGAAACUUCUAGGGAAAAUUCCGGAAGGUGAAUUCAAUAAGAGACUCAUGCAUGAGAAGAUGAAUUUUAGUGAGGAGGAAGUGCUGGACGCGUUUAAAAAGGAGGAGAUAGAGGCGUCGCUGCUAGACGUGUGGGUGGAAAAGGAGGAAGACGAAACUAAAAUUGAUGAUAGUGAUGACAAAUCUGAGUCGAGUUUAUCGCUUAAUAUCAUGAAAGAUGAAGAUUAAUAUUUAUUUUAUUAUUUUAUUUUAUUUUAUUCGGAAAACCAACAGCUUAAUAAACUAAAACUAGGUUAACAUAAAUAUGUAUCAGGGAAGCCAAUUACAGGUUUCCACAGACAGGAUACAAAGGUAAUCAUAUUACAGGUUAGCACAAAAUUAAAGACUUUACAAACGCCAAAACAUGCUAUGAGAAAAGAAAGAAGUAAUUUGUUUCUUAUUUAAAUCAAUAAAUUAAAAUUAAACCUAUGCUAAUCUUCUGCAGGCAGGGGAGCAAAGAAACUAGAUGCCAUGAGGUUUUUAAUUGUAGCAGGUUUCAUUAGAUGUAAAUCCAGUUGAUCGUUGCUAUGACACAGUUCAUUCAUUGACCUCGGAGCUCGGACAAAGUAUGAAUUUUGACGAUAGUUGGUUUUGGUCGAUGGAAGUGACAAAGGUCGGUAGUGUCUAGAAGAAGCUCUGGGGAUACGAAAACUAAUAUUCAUAACCAGUUCAAGCAAGAAUAUUGGGGCUGUCUCACAAAUAAAUUGAUUUAUGUGGAAAAUCUAAGAAUUGAGCUGUAUUUACAUUGGCCUUUGAGUCUAUUACAGACUAUUCAAACAGUGUCAGGUAGGGCGGCAGCGCUUUUCAUGGCUGUGUAGGCCAAUACGGGAACGGCAAACACGACCACAAGCCAGGCAGGUGUAGUGUGUCCGUGGCGAACAGGUGUCGGGCUGAUGACGCUUGGCUCGCUUACUAGCAAGUGUCUUAAACCAAGCCUCAUCGUGGAUUUUACGUCCGUCGAACACCAGUUUGCGCCACUUAUCUCUGUCCUCGGCAAGCUCCUCCCAUUUAUGAACAGGGAUGUUGAAGGCGUGCAUGUCUCGCUUGGCGCAGUCCUUAUGCCGUAACAUAGGCCGACCGACGCUUCUCUUGGCAUCAGCUAUGGCGCCAAGUAAAGUUUUAGUUUGUUCUAAUUCGUACGUAUGCAAAGAUGAUCUAGAUAUUCUAGAUCAAGCGAAUAGGGGGUAUUACUGCAAUGUUCUGCCGCCAGAGUGCAGCACUCGAACCUAUCGUAAACCAUAGAGUAACUUAUAUAUACUGUGCCUUAAACUGUUUUUGACAAGUUUUCACAGAUACUUAAUAAAAUAUGACAUUGAUGCAUCAAGGCGGUUUGUUUACUAGAACUACUGGGAAACGUAAAAAUAGAAAUUUAGUCUGUCUCUGUCUUUAAUCUGCCUCUUUAUCGCUCGAAUAUGCAAGAGUGGUAAGAGGUUAGAUAACAACAUUUCAAUUUUCUUUCAUGGGAGACGCUCAGAUUGUGAUGGUGGCGCCCCCUACGCAGAGUUUCGCGUAAUAUUGCCAGCUCGCAUAUUGCGUAGUACUACGUAUUCGCGGCAUAUUUGCUUGAUGUGUACGCACCAUUGAGUUACGCAAGUUUUAAGUGUUGAUGUUAAGACUGAUUUGUAUAGGCUUUUUAACACAAUAAAAGGGAAGAAAUUAAACGCUGUUCGUUAAUAAACAACUAUAUUUCCUAUCUAAAUAAAUGACUUGUAUUACA